CGCUCCAAGAGGAAGAGAAAGAUGUCGGCGGCGGCUGAGGAGGAGCGGGGGACGGAGGGCAGCCCGGGGGGCUCGGCGUCGUCCUCCCCCUCCGCCGGGCACCAGCUCCCCCAGAGUAACACCCUGCUCGGGCUGCCCAUCGUCGCCAUCGAGAACAUCCUCAACUUCCUGACCUACGACGAGAUCAGCCAACUCCGCCUGGUCUGCAAGCGUAUGGAUCUGGAGUGUCAGCGCAUGCUGAACCAGGGCUUCCUGCGCGUGGAGCGCUAUCACUGCUUGUGUCAGAAGCAGGUCAAGGCCCAGCUGCCAAGGCGGGAAUCGGAGAGGAGGAAUCACUCGCUGGCUCGUCAUGCAGAUAUCCUGGCUGCGGUGGAGACCCGCCUUUCACUACUUAACAUGACGUUUAUGAAAUAUGUUGACUCUAAUCUUUGUUGUUUCAUCCCAGGCAAGGUGAUAGAUGAAAUCUACAAUGUCCUACGAUACGUGAACUCUACCAGAUCCCCUCAGCGAGCUCAUGAGGUCCUGCAGGAAUUGCGUGACAUCUCCUCUAUGGCAAUGGAAUAUUUUGACGAGAAGAUUGUCCCGAUCCUGAAGAAAAAGCUCCCUGGCUCUGAAGUGUCAGGACGUCUUAUGGGCUCUCCUCCAGUUCCAGGCCCUUCCACCACCUUAAGUACAAUGCAGCUCUUCUCCAAGCAAAACCCAUCAAGGCAGGAGGUGACAAAACUAGUACAGCAAGUGAAGGCCAAUGGCGCCGGCCUGACCGUCCUGAGGCGGGAGUUGUCCGAGCUCCGCACCAAGGUACAAGAGCAGCAGAAACAGCUUCAAGACCAGGACCAGAAAUUACUAGAACAGACCCAAAUCAUAGGCGAGCAGAACGUGCGCCUCGCCGAGCUAGAGCACAAACUGCGUGAUGUGAUGGAAAGCGCGGUAGGCCCCUCCGGAGCGGGCCCCAGGGAUGAUUCCCCCCGGAAACGGAAGAAAGUAGCUGGGGGCGUGGACUGUCCUAGGAAAUCAAAGCGCCUCCGAACCCGGAAGUAACUGCUUACAAACUGUUUUAGCUAGAGGCAUGGUCAUUGGACUGGGCAGCGGUGGGCACGCGAGGCGCAGCUGGAGCGCAGCUUUCUUGUAGGCUCCACUUUUACCCUUCCAAGCAGUUCAUUGCCACAGUUAAAGUUCAGCACCUUGCGGGUUACUCCUUAGCUCCAUACAUACUUCAUUUUUUGUUUUUGCAGCCAUUAGGAGGUAGGUUACAGUGGAAGCAUAGUGCUGUUGAUGGAUCCAGCGUAUCCAUAGACUGCAGUAUGAAGCUAUUUCACAGCACAACAAUUCACUACAUUAGUUUGGUGCGUGGCAGAUGGUCUAUUGAGCAAUCUAUUUAUUUUGUGGACGAGGGUCCUCCCUCCUGUAUUCUACCGCCUGAUACUGACCAGACAUCUUUAAAGGGGAUGUCAACUUUUUGCCAAUGCACAUUAUUACGCCAACGCAACUCUAAAAUUAAAGCGACACAGCGUACCUUCACUAAGCUUUUGAUCUGUUCUACAUCUCAGAAUUUUAGAUUGGUGGCGGCCUGAGCACAGAGACUCCCACUGACCACUAGAACGAGAGGGAAAAAAAGCGUACUCUUAGCACGCUCUCUCUCCCCGCUGCGAGACGGUCUCAAUAGAAAGUCUAUGGGCCCGUCUCGUGCAGUAAGUGCAUGCUUCUUCCCCCUUUUUCUAGAGAUCGGUGGGAGUCUCAGCGCUCAGAACCCCCACCAAUCGAAACUUUCGAUAUGCCCCUAUUACAUAUCCAAAGUUUAAUGACAGUACUGUGCCACUUAAAAAUAAAACAAAAAGAAAGCAACUUUGCAAAUACGAUCGGAUUGUAUACAGCUCUGAUGCAGAGUUCUGCGUCUCCAUGGUUACAGACUAUACAGAAGCCCUGUGUAGUCUGAUCCUGCAGUCGUACUCCAUUCCCUCUAUGUCCUCUUCAGGAAAGUAGAAGGGGAAGCGGCUAGAAAAGAGAGCCACAGACUACAAAGGGGUUUUCUGAGAUUUUUUUUUUUAUUGAUGACCUAUCCUCAGGAUCAGACGGUCGGGGGUCUUACAGCCGGCAGCCCCGCCGAUCAGCUGGUUGAAGAGAAGGCCACGCUCCGUGCCAGCGCAGCCUUCCCUUUAUUGUUUACCUGCUUCCCAUCGACAUUUCAGCGGUGAGCAGUGUAAUGACAAGAAGCCGUCACCCCACUCACUUCUAUGGGACAGCUCGUUCCUAUAGGAACAAUAUAAAAAUUUGGAAAACCACCUUUACGUAUUCUGUAACCAUGGCGACACAGGGCUGCAUGCAUAAAACAAGAGGAGAUUUUUAAUUUUGCAAAUACGGAAGAUGCAUUGGAGCAGCAGUACGUUUUUUGCAGACCCUGUACGGGCUUUAUAUGUUAUUGGUGGGGGUCCAUGAACUGAGACCCCCCCCCCCCCCCCCACUGAUCUCUAGAACAGUGAUGCCAUGUCCCUUCUAGGACUAGUAAUUUUUAGGAGGGUUUCUGUUAACGGAUCACCCCGAUCACAUACUUAUUACAGGGCUUUUCCGCUUUUUACUCAAAUUUCAGUAAUACCAUGCAGAAAUACUUUUAUUAGUCUUGAGUAAUGCACGUACCUAAGUCUGGCUUCCAUAACUCUCUGUGAUGGCGGCGGUGUCCUCUACUGUUCAGGUGCUGAAUGUGUUUAGAUACAAGCAGUGAAAUCUGCGCUGGAUGCGUUCGCCACCUGUACACUAGAGGGCGCAGCCGGCAUCCUGGGAAGCUAUGGACGCCAUGGUUUGUGGACAUGGUGUGGGUGUACCUCUGCAGGCUAAGGUAAGCGUAUAGCAUUUCUGAAAUAUGAGCUGAAAGCGCACGACCCCUUUAGGAUACAGCCGCACGCGGCGUGCAGAAAAUACUUUCCCUGACGGCUGGAAAGCAGAUCACCAAGGAGCCGACGGUAGAAAACGUAUAAUUUUCCUCUGUCCCUAGCACCUUACACCGCUCUUAACCCCCCCCCACCCCAAAUAAGUGUUAUUUAUGUUCUGUUGGUUUAGGUAACCUAACUCCUCAGUGCCUAUCUUUCUGUCGACAGACGUGUGACAUCCAGACGUUAGUUUGAAAGUUUAAAAAAAAAAAACCCCACAAAAAACAAAAUGGCGAAAUGGUAUUUGUGACACUGUCCCUUUUAAUUUGAGUUCAGUGCUGGAUACUGGUUAACGAUCCACUAAAGCCAGUCUGUAAAACAUCACUUAGACUUGAAUUGUGUAUACACCGUAUAUAUAUCCGUAUAAAUAUAUAUUAUACCUUUU